UAAAACGACAAGUAUUAGGAAACAAAAAUUUAUCUCUAGAAUGACAAGUAAUAAAAAACUGAGGGAGUAACACAUAAUUAUUACUUAUUCCCCCUGUCUCCAAAAGAGAGGCGACGUCUAUCUUAUUCGUUGUACUGAAGCUAAUCUAGUGGGAGGUUCCUGUUAGGCUCUGUUUCGACUGAGGAAACAUGUUAUAGUGUGAAGUCUAAGAGAGAUUUAGAAGCUUUGAUAAUGGCGAAUCAACAUUUCUUCAAGCCUCUUCUUCCUGGCUUUCACAGCCAUUUGACAAUUCCUGUGGCUUUCUUCUUGAAGAAUGUACAAGGAAGAAAUGAGCAGAAGACGGCCGAGUUAAGAUCAGACGCAUCCAAAAUAAUCUGGAAAGUGAAAAUAGAUGGCCAAAGACUCACAAACGGUUGGAAAGAGUUUGCUCUCGCACAUGCUCUUCGCAUAGGCGACAUCCUUGUUUUCAAACAAGAGCGAGACAUGAGUUUUCACGUGAUAAUUUUGGGACCUAGUUGUUGUCCGAUUCAAUAUGUGUCUUCUUUAAACAACCAGAACAAUCUCGGUCAGUUGUGUUCAUUUGCCUCUCUAACUGAUAUAUUGAAGAAAUGUGCUCAUAUAGUGGAAUAUGAAUCCGUAAGUAUUAUAUAAAAGAUAGAGAGUCUCUUCUUUAGUCUAAUACUAGUUGGAUGUAGUCUCUUCUUUUUCAGGGAAGAUUCAAAGAAAAAAGGAAAAAGCAGAGUCGUCAUUAGAUCUAUCUUGUUUUGUGGCUAAUGUCACGCCUUCAAAUCUACGCUAUGACUCACUGACUCUUCCAAUGAGUUUUGUGAGAGCAAAUGGUCUAGACAGAAGAUGUGGAGAGAUAAUUCUGAUGAACGAAAAGGGCAGAUCAUGGAGUGUAAGUUUGAAACGAAGAUCAUGCGGAACUACUUACAUCAGAGGAGGAGGAUGGAGAAGUUUUUGUCAAGCUAAUGGACUUAGAGCUGGAGAUUUCUCAAGUUUCAAACUGAUCCAAAGAGGUGGAACUCUUGGUUUACGGAUAUCCCCUGGAGAGAUAGAAGAAGAAGAUUGCUUAUCAGAAGGAAAUGUAGUGAAGAGUAGAUCGAUAUGGAAAGCUUCUUCUUCAGAAUCUCAAAACCGUUUUGUGACAGUAACCCUUACGCCUUACAACAUCAGAGAAUCUAAACUGACGCUUCCAAUACCUUUCACAAAGGUGAAUGGAUUACAAAAGGCAAAGAAGAUGAGUUUCUUGGAUAAACACGGCGUGAAGUGGUCUACCAAAAUGUGUUUUGAGGUGGAACGUAACAGAAUGGGAUUGGCAGGAGGUUGGAAAGAGUUUUGCAAUGCUAACGGUGUGAAGAUAGGAGAAUCAAUCAUCCUGGAGCUGGUUUGGGGAGCAGACAGAAGCUCUGUUCUUAAGUUUUGUUCCAAGGUGAAACAAGAGACCAACUGAAAAUGUGCCUAAAUCAAUGUUUUAACUAGUGACAAUGUCCAAUUCUAGAAGUGAAGAAGUCACUGUAUGUUGUUUUUUGUUGUGAGGAUAUGUAGACAUU